UGGCACCGGAAGUGAGUUCUAGAUUCGCGGCGUCUGUUCACCUCCACAUGAGCUCAGACCGGCGCAGUUAUCGCACUGAGCGAUAGAGGACAGAUGGUGUGUACCCGAGAUAAGGCAUAACGUUAAAUGUUGUAUUGGUGAUGUGGAGAAUGAGCUGCAGUUGAGAUUCAUCCGGAUGGAUUAUGGCAUCAUGACGGAGGACGCAUUCAGAAGCUCACACGUGUCCAUGAAGGUGGCCGCUUUGCACUUCGUGGACCUGCCACUGUCAGUCUAUUACUCCCUUCCACAGGUGAGUCUGAGCACCGGCACCAAGAAGCUCUUUGCUGCCACUGCCUUUGGCGCAGUCUCCCUCAUCUUCCUCGCACGACGCUUCAGGAGGAGGAAGGGCAAGAAAAAAGCCAGUUCGCCUCUAGAGCAGGAAACGUUUGAGUUCUUCACCACUGUCCCCCUGAAAAAAGAGACUGACUGUCAAAAUCUGCCUCUGACCUCAAAGAACUGCUACUCAUGUAAUGUGGUGUCCAGUGGUGGCCUGUACGGCAAGCUUUCGGGCUCCCUGCAAAGCCUGGCCUCUGUGAGGAGCAGGCACUCUUCAAGUAGCUCCACCUGUGCUAAUGGAUCCAGCUGCUGGGACGGAGCAGGAGAUGAUGCUGAUGUCUGUAAUCUGCUCAACAUUCCCGUUGCCACUCCAGAGAAUCUUUACCUGAUGGGAAUGGAGUUGUUCGAGGAGGCCCUGCGGCGCUGGGAGCAGGCACUAACAUUCCGCAGCAGGCAAGCAGAAGAUGAGGCGAGCUGUGCAUCUGUAAAGCUGGGAGCUGGAGAUGCCAUUGCAGAAGAAAGCAUGGAGGACAUCAUCAGUGCAGAUUUCAUCCGAAAGCUGGAGUCUCUGCUACAGAGAGCCUAUCGGCUCCAGGAGGAGUUUGAGGGAGCGCUGGGAAUGACAGACCCUUCAACACAUCCUAGUAACGACAAGCUCAUGGAUCUCUCAGUGUGUGAGGACUUGGAGGACACAUGUCUCAGAGAUUCAAUCAGCAUCGCCUCGACAGAUUCCUUCGUGUCUGCUGCAGAGUUAUCUGAGCACAGAGAGAUGAGGAGUGCCCAUGCACUCUGUCAUCACCCCUUCUAUGAGGACGCCCUGCAGAUGGCUGAGGAGGGGAAGAUCUCCUGUCGAGUGCUACGAACAGAAAUGCUUGAAUGCCUUGGAGAUACUGACUUUCUGGCGAAGCUGCACUGUAUACGGCAGGCGUGUCAGGUCAUCUUAUGUGAAAGAGCAACUAGAGCAUUUCUGGCUGACACAGGAAAGAGAAUAUUGUCUUCAAUAAUUGUUAAAUCAAGGAAGAGCCCAAAGAGAUUUGAGGAGGUGUUUGAAGAAAUGAUCUGCUUCAUGGAGCAAACAGAUCACUGGGAGAACACAGAAAUGGAGCUUUCCACAAGAGGGGUUAAAUAUCUAAAUUUCUAUGACGUCGUUCUUGACUUUAUCCUUAUGGAUUCAUUUGAGGAUCUUGAGAAUCCACCAGUCUCCAUCCAAAAUGUGGUUAACAAUCGUUGGCUCAACAACUCCUUCAAAGAGACUGCUGUUGCAUCAAGUUGUUGGUCCGUACUGAAGCAGAAGAGACAACAUAUGAAGGUUCAAGACGGCUUCAUUGCACAUUUCUAUGCCGUGUGUGAACACAUAAGUCCUGUCUUGGCCUGGGGAUUUCUAGGUCCAAAAAAUUCCCUGCAUGAUUUCUGCUGCUUCUUCAAGGAGCAGGUGCUGUUCUUUCUGAAGGACAUCUUUGACCUGGAUAAAGUGCGUUACUCUAGUCUAGACACACUGUCUGAAGAUAUCCUGCACCUGCUUCACCGACGCUCUGAGCUGCUUCUGGCCUGCCUGGGAACUGACAUGAUCUGUCACCUAAACGGCUGUAAUGGAACACUUUUGAACCUUGUACCCAGUGCUUUGCUGGAGGCACAGGUUCAGUGAGCUACACUUGUAUGUCACAUCCUCUACAUUUUCAUGGACAUGUGCUUAUUGCUUACAGUUGCUGAGUCCAGUGCACAUCUUCCAAGUAAUUAUUAGUGCCAUGUUUAAAAUGAAGUGGAUAAAAAGGGACAGAUGUUUAUUUUAUAUGCCUUCAAUGUGGUGUUCUAGUAGUUUUAAUUUGACAUUUAAUGAUUUACACAAAUGAGCUGAAUUUAAGGCCCUUGAUGUUUUGAGACUUGAAAGCUUUAAGUAUUUUGAUAAAGGAUGUUAUCCAUUUGUCUUCCUGUAGGUCACUUUAUAGAAACUAAUAUUAAACACUGGCAAUGAAUUUAUUUUAGACAUUCUCAGUGAUGCUAUGAGAAGUACACAGCAGGUGAAUGUUGUGAAUAUAAGCCUUACAAAUAGUACAUGUAUUGUGACGAAGUUUUGUACCGUAAAACACGAGUUAAAGCUGCUUGUUUUAGUUCACGAUUUACAUGUUAAGCCAGUAUGUGUUAUUGUAUAAAGAAACUGAAAUAAAAACCUCAGUCAUUUGUAA